AUGGUGUCGAUACGCGAUAAGAAGUCGGACCAGGACACGGUCGGGCAGAUCGACAAUGCCUCGCAGGACAACAGCCCGGACAAGGCCCCGGUCGCGCGCACCAUCGACAACAUGCGCGUGCUGGGGCUGACGGACGAGGACGCCGAGUUCUAUGCGUCCUACACGCCCGAGCAGCGCAAGAGGGUGAUCCGGAAGGUGGACAAGCGGCUAGUGCCCAUGCUGGCAAUCCUCUACCUCAUCUCGCACCUCGACCGCGCAAACAUUGGCAACGCAAAGAUCGAGGGCCUUGCCAAGGACCUGAAACUCUCGGGCAUCCAGUGGAACAUUGUCCUGUCGCUCUUUUUUGUGCCCUACGUCUUGUUGGAGGUCCCGUCCAACAUCCUCCUCAAAAAGUUCACCCGCCCGUCCGUCUACCUCGGCACCCUGGUCACGGCCUGGGGCGUCAUCAUGACGCUGCACGGCGUGGUGCGCAACUUUGGCGGCCUCCUCGCCGCGCGCCUCCUCCUGGGCGCCUUCGAGUCGGGCUUCUACCCGGGCGCCGUGUACCUGUGCACCUUUUGGUACAUGCCGCGCGACCUGGCCCAGCGCAUCGCCUGGUUCUACUGCACCUCGUCGCUGUCGGGCGCCUUCUCGGGCCUGCUGGCCGCCGCCAUCGCGCGCAUGCACGGCGUCGGCGGGCUCGAGGGCUGGCGCUGGAUCUUCAUCCUGGAGGGGCUCGCCACCGUGCUGCUGGGGGUAGCGACCUUCUUCCUGCUGAUCGACAGCCCCGCCCUCGGCGGCAAGUGGCUCGAGCCCGACGAGAUCCGGUUCCUGGAGCUGCAGCGCUUCAUCAAGCAGGGCGGGCGCUUCCAGGACGAGGGCGGCGAGUCGCGGCUCGUCUGGCACGACCUCAAGGCCGUGCUGACCAACUGGCGCCUGUACAUGCAGGCGUACAUUCUGAUGUGCCAGUCGGCCACUAGCUACGGCACAAAGUUCACCCUCCCGACAAUCACAAAGUCCAUGGGCUUCAGCACCACAAACGCCCAGCUCAUGACGGUCCCACCCUACGUCGCGGGCGCGCUGUCGGCCCUGUUCUUCUCGCACCUCUCGGACCGCUUCUACUGGCGCAUGCCCUUCGUCGCCAUCCCCAUGUUGCUCAUCACGGCGGGCUACGCCAUCGUGCUGUCGCUCGACGGCGACCUGGGCGGGCCCAACGUCGGCGCGGCCUUCAUGGGGAUAAUCCUGACCACCAUCGGCAUCUACCCCAUCGCGCCCGCGGGCUCGUCGUGGGCGGCCAACAACCUGGCGCCGGCGUCGCGCCGCGCCAUCGGCGUCGCCUUCAACAUCGGCGUCGGCAACCUCGGCGGCAUCGUCGGCAGCUACAUCUACCUCGACACCGAGGCGCCCCGCUACCCGACCGGCUUCGGGCUCAGCCUGGCCUUUGGCUGCAGCGGCCUGCUCGUCGCGCUCCUGCUCGAGCUGAGCUACAAGUGGGGGAACAAGAGGAAGGAGGCCUGGACCGAGGCGGACGCGCACGCGCGCUACUCGGAGGACGAGCUGAUCAAGUUGGGCGACAAGAGCCCGCUGUUCAGGUACACGCUGUGAGGAGGGGGGUAGGCGGGUGUGGUCUUGUAUUUUUCUGGCAUUUCUGGAAGUGAGGCGAGCGAGGAAGCAUGGUUGGUGGCCAAGAGGGGCCAAGAACC